AUGAGCAGGGCCGCUGCGGCGCUCGCGGCCGUCCGCGCGCGCUUCGACGCGCCCGACGCGGCCUCAGGCGCACAGCUCGUAUCGACGCUGCGCGAAUCACUCGAUCUGCUACAGACUCCGCAUGCGCUGGACGGCACGCACACGGGGAGCACCAUGUCCUUUGGCAUGGACGCCGUGCGCGCAUGGGCGGCGCACGCCCUCCAAGCCGCGCCGUCCGUGCGUGAUGCCGACGUGCUCCUUCAGGACCCCGUGUGGGACGCCGCAGCGCAGCGUGUGCACGACGCCCUAGAGACGGCCUCGCCCUCCGGCGCAAACCGCCUCGCCGCGGCCACGGACCAGCUCCUGCACGUGUGGGAUGCGCUGACCGAGUCGCGGCCGCCGGCGUGGGCGCACACGCUGCAGUCGAUCCGCUCAGGCCGCGUGUCGCCACUCGUCGUGCAGGAUCUCCUGCUCGCGCACUAUGGCGUCGACGCGCUGGACGAGGCGCCCACGCACUUCUUCACGCGCCUCUUGGACGACGUGCAGGCGGGCCUUGGGCAGGUGCGCCGCCGCUCGCACCUCGCGCUGACAUUUAUGCGGGUGGCGCCCGCGAGCGUGCCGUGGCUCGACGCGCUUGCCGCGCGCCUCGCGCGCGCCGACGAGCGUGCGAGCGAGCACGUGGUGGCGCACAUUGUGCAGCCGCUGCUCGAGCACACGCCCCAUGCGCUCGCGCCGCUCCUCGCGGCCCUCGACGCGCAGCGCAGCGCGCGCGCAACGAUGGCCGUGCUCCUCGCGGCCAAGGCGCGCGCUCUGUGCGCGAUCGGGGAGGCCCCCGGCCGCGUGCCGGUGCCGCGCGGCGUGCUCGACGCGUGCCUCGCCGCGGCCCAGCCGCGCCUGCACGUGGCGGCGCUGGCGCUGUGUGUCGAGGCCAAAUCGCCCGCGCUGCCCCUCGGCGCGGACGAGGCCUACGGCGUGCGCCGCUUCCUGGCAGAGAGCCUGGCCCUCCCCAGCGCGGUGGCGCGGCAGGAUACCCUCGCGUGCCUCGUCAAGUUGCUCGUGCGCUUGCGCACCAGUGCGAAAAACGGGCGCAGCGACGCGCUCCUGCGCGACGCGUACGAGGCCGCCGUGCGUGCCAUCCACCCUGGCGCGCCGUACGCCCGCACCGUGCUCGGCGUCUCGCUCCUCCUCCUCCUCGUCGAGGCGUGCGCCGCCGCGCGCGCACCGGACCGCCUUCCCCUGCACGAGGCGGUCCGCGCAUUGCACAAGGCGCACCAGACGUUCCCGUCGGCGCCCCUCCCGGCGCCGCGCCCGUCGCCCGCUGUCGUGCGCCGCCUCGUGCACCUCGCCGCCGAGAGCACGUACGACGAUAUCCGCAGCACCGCGGCGCUCACGCUCAUGCGCCUGGCCGACGACGAGUCAUCGAUGCUGCGCGACCCGUCGUUCCUGCUCCCGCAUGUGGUGCGCCCCAGUGUCGAGCGCCUCGCGGCGCCCAAGGAGGCCGAUGCGCACGCGGCCGUGCAGCUCCUGCGCCUGUACCACCGCGUCGCCGUGCCCGCGGUGCACGCGCCCGCGCUGGCGUGCAUCGCGCCCGUACAGCGUACCGGCGACUGGACCGCCGACCUGCUUGCCGCCCACCUCGCGCGCGUGGACGCGCAGCUGCGCGCCAGUCCCACCCUCGCGCACGCCUCACACGCGGGCUUGCAUGGCAGUCUCGCCGCGCUCACGUACCUGGCACGCGCUGCGCCGAGCGUGGACCGCGCACCGCUCACGGCGCUCGUCCAGCGCGUGUGGGCGCUCGUCGCGCCCGUGCUCUGUGCGGCAGCGCCAGAAGGCGCAGAGGACGUGUCGGAAUGGGAGCGCGCGCUCGCUGCCACCGAGAGCAGCGCGGACGAACCCGUGGCUGCGCCGACGGCCACCUCGCAGCAGAUCCUGUCGUUUGCGUGGCGUGCCAUCAAGGAAGCGGCGGCGCUCCACGCGCUGUGUGCGCAGGACGCACCUCCGGACGCGCUGCGCGACGCCAACGAGCUCUUCCAAACGUGGCUCCUGCAGAUCCGGCACCGCGGCGCGUUCAGCACCGUGUACCCCCAGUAUCACGCACUCGCCCAGACCCUUUGUGCAGCGCCGACGACGCGCGCGCUGCCCAGCGCGUGGCUGCAUGCCCUGCUGGACCGCGUCGACGCCCACGCCGACUCGUUCAGCACGACACGCCGCAGCGCAGGCCUCGGCUACGCCACGCUAGCGCUGCUCAGCGCGCAGGCCGCGGGAAGCCCACGCGCCGCCGAGACGCAGCGCGUCGUGGAGCGCCUCGCGCGCAUGGCCCGCGACGCCGCGCCGAUGCGCCGUAUCCAUGGCCUCAACAUGCUGCGUGUGCUUGUCAUGGACAGCACAAUGGCACAGGCUAUGCGCGCGCACCUCGGAGAGGCUCUCACGCUCGCCGUCACCUCGUUCUCGUCGGCGCACUGGAGCGUGCGCAACUCCGCCAUGAUGCUCUUCGCCGCGGUAUCGACGCGGCAUCUCGGCGUGCGCGCCUUCCAGCCAACGACUCGCGGGCCGUGGAUCGAUUCGCUCCUGCACGCAAGCCCCGCGCUGCGCCCGGCGCUCCUCGACACACUCACCGCGUCGGCGGCGCACGUCGGCGCCGCGGACCUCGCAGCGCUGGGGCAUGGCUCGGCGCUGUACGCCGUGCUUCUCCUCCUCUCGCGCACACAGUCGUCGGCGUGGCCGGACGUCGAGGCGCUCGUCGCGCCGCUCGAGCAGUGCACGCGCAGUGCGAAUGCAGCGGUCCGCUCGCUCGCUGCGUCGUGCAUGGCGCGCCUCGUCCCGUCGGACCAGCGCGCGGCACUGGUCGAGCGCCUCCUGCGCGACGCGACGCCACGCGACCAAAACGCGCUCGCAGGCGCACUCGCCGUGGUGCACGCCCUCGCGUCGCCUGCCUUUGCACCGGCGGUGCGUGCGCGCGCCGACCUGCUCGAGGGCCAUACGUGUGCGCCGACUCUCGCUGCCUUUAUCGACGUGGCCGAUGCGUGCGGCGCCGCCGAUGCCGUGCGUCCUUUCGUGCAGCGCGUCGUCGGCGAGUGGACCGCGUCUCCGUGCGCGCGCGAUCCCUUCGUGGUGUGGCUCCUGCCAACGCUGCUCGCUGCCGCGUGGAAGCAGCGUGUCCCUGUGCCGCGUGCACUGCUGCACAGCGAUGCGGAUAUGUGCACGGCGCUCGUCGAGUUCCUGAGCCGUGUCCCGUCGCUCACGGAUGCCCUCGAGGCGGUCGACUGGCCGCAGCGCGAGACGCACGACGAUCUCGUGGCGCUCGUGCUCCGCAACGAGGCGCCGCUGGAUGCGCGGCUCCACGCGGCGCGCCUCGUAGCGCAGCUGGAUGCGCCGCUGGAAGCGCACGCCGACGAUCUGCUCACGCUGCUUCUCACGACAGAGCAUCGGCCCUUGAGCGAGGUGCUCCUGCCGCUUGUGGGGCGGCUCUGCACACCUGUGCGGCGCGAGGCGUGCGUGUGCAUCUGGGACAUGUGCUCGCAGCCCGAAGCGCCCGUCUCGGCGCGCCUGGGCGUCGCGCAGGCACUCGACGCAGUGCCGCGCACCGACGAGCGGCUCUAUGUGAUUCUCCUGCGCUUGCUGCAGGAUGACGACGCCGAGGUGCGCGCCGCGGCGUGUGCGCUGUGCCCUGCGCCGUCGGUGCCGACCGACGCACCGUUCGCCAGUGUCUAUGCGUUGCCACGCGGCCCACAGGCGUGCGUCGAGUGGGUGUGGUGCACAGCGCAGGGGCCUGCAUUCCAUGCGCACGUAUGGCGCCUGCUCUCCCAAGAGGCAGGCGCCGACGACGCGGAGGCGGACGAGCUGUUCCCGAGCGAGGAGGCGAAUCAGUACCAUGACGCCACGGCCGACAUCCUCCGCGCAUACGCGGCGUGUCGGGAAGGCCGCGUGCCCAUGCCGCCGGACCUCGCGCAGCGCGCGGCUGCCGCCGUGUCGCGCCUGGCGCGCCCUGUGCCGCCGGACCCGGCUGCGUACCGCGCAGCGCUGCAAGACGCGCUACUCGUGCGCCUCGCGCAGCAGGCGGGGCAUUGCGAGGCCAUCGACGGCGUGGCAGAGCGGCUCGAAGCUCUGCUCGUGGCGGGGGACGUGGCGCCUGCGCCCCCGUCUCGCCCCCUGCGAGUUGCGUACGCAGUCGCGCAUUAA